GAGGCGCUGAGGCUUUUGGAAGAGGUGCAGCGCCCGAGCCUCCGCGCGCUCUCUCACCAGCUGCGAAGAUGGCUUACGGAUCCGGUUCGCGCCCCAACGGCUCGCCACAUUCUCCGGACGCCUGUGAGCGAGCCCGUCUUUCAGGCUUUGCACCACCUGACCCCAGUCGCUCUGCAGCUGGGGUUAUGCGAGACGGCCAGGCUCGUGGAGUUGAACUACACGGUCAGCCUGCCCGGCGCGCCGGCGCAGGACAGGCUGUUGGCUUUGAGGCCCAUGAACGAGACACAGCGAUAUGGCCCGGCUCCCACGCAGUCGCGCGCAGCUUCAUAGGUAGCCUCCCUCCAGCGCUCCAGCGACAGCGGAAGGACGGCUCGGCGAAAGCCGCUCAGGUGCCAGAGUACAUGUACGUGGAUGGCGAGUAUCAGGCUGUGUCACCGACCGGUGAACCCAUCACGGAGGAGCAGCUGCAGGAAGAAAGGGAGGCCUCUGCCAAUGCAGCACUGGAGCUUAAGCGCCGAGUCGCUGCUGGCACUCUGGAGGCCAUGACAGGCGCUUGUGGCGACGUGGUCGCCAUGGACUGCCGGGUGUUUCACCGCGGCAGCGCCAACUGCUCCUCGGCAGUGCGGGUCCUUUUGAACGCCUCCUUUCAGGAGGACCCACCGAAGAGCCGGGAUUGGAUUCCGUCGCGCGGAUGGCCUUGGGAGGGGUCGGCGGCUGC